AUGGGGUGUGCGCAUGGUCUAGGGCGUUAUGGGUUAGGGGGUGCCAACAAGGAGAAGGGUGUUGGAUUCUGGCUCAUCUGGGAUGAACGUCGCUUGACCCCCCUCAUCCCACAAGAAGCUGGGUUAUGUGGACUGGGCCCAGUUGCUGACCUCGAAGCUUCCCCGGCCCCACUGUCGUCCGCUCGCUCGUGUCGAUUGGCGGCCUCAACUGGUGCCUCAUUGACGGCGAGCACGGCCAGAUCGGUGACACCGACUAGUACGAGGCGGUGGUCUGCCAUGCCCAAGCCAACGCCGUUGCCUCGUGUCAUUCAGUGUAUCACCAGCUGGCGCACCCAGCUCGCCAACGCGAGUGACCAGUACGGUGUCUCGCCCAUCAUCCGUAUCCCCAACGCCGAGGAGUACAUGGUCAAGCGCGCCCUCGACUCUGGUGCCCACGGCGUCACUCGCGGCUACGGCCCUAUGUUCUCUGGCCACUCGUUUGGUGGCUCAGACAGCAAGUACCCGGUCGACACAGAUGCCAGCCUGCUCGUCAUUGUCCAGAGGUCAGGAAGGCAAUGUGGCAAAAAUGCUGCCACUGGAUCCCGUACCAGCGUUAGUGAGGCCUGGGGACGCGCGUUAGAGAACACUAUACAGUUAGGCGCUCAACGUGCAUGA